UGAAGAUAUUUUGAAGUUUUCAGUGCGGUAUGUUUGCCCUUGAAUGCCAGAGAGGUGACCUGAGCAUCUCCCCUGAGCCCGCGCACUGAUUACUGAAGUAUUCUGACUGGUUGCCAUGGCUACUGAAAACCUGCGAGGGACCAAUACGCGGCGCUGCUCUCCAUCUCACACAUGAGCGCGCACACUCUAUAGGCUGUGCUAUAAAGUACUCCUCUUCCCUGAGAAACAAGCGACGAUUGGAUGAUGUGUGGAUGAAGUCUCUAUUAAACACUUGCCCUUCGCGUUCUCGACGUGCUCAUCCUCGCUUUCUCGCGCGCAAUCGUCGCGUCGGAUUGAGUAUGCAAAACGAACGUGUUUUCAUCUCCUCCUCCUCCCGGAGCUGACACGGAGAAGCGUUUCGUCAUGUGUAAAGAGACAGUUUUACCGCAAUGCUUUUUCAAUAGCUCUUUAGCUCCGUACGAGAGCCACUGACCCAAGAGGAAAGGGAGGUGCCGCGCACUGGCAUAGUCCAUGCGCGUUCACGCGUUUAUCUGGAGUCGGCUGAGCGGACAAGAACUGAGCGAAGCAGGUGUGCGCUUUCAGUCUGGAUUCAGACCUCAUCCCUCUCUCUUCUCUGACUUUGAUGGACUUACAUGCGGUGUGUUAGCGUGUAACUGCGGUGGAUGACUCCAUAUGCGUGUUUAUUGCUCAGGGUGAAAAGUGUCCUUGUUGAGAACACAGAUCAGUGGAGAUCUUCAUCAUGAAUACAGAUACUCCAGAUAGCGGAGGAUGUGCUCAUAAAAGAGCAUCCCUGUCACUCACUCUGUGGCCUGUGAAGAGGGUCCAGAGCACCCCCAACCUGUACACUGCUGCAGGUAGUGAUUCCCAGUCGUCAGAUUCAGAUGCCUGGCGUUCACGGAGUGUCUCCGAGGGAUUGAGAAAUGGAGAUGCCGGCAGCUCAUCCUUGACCUCAAAAGGCUUUCGCAGUGUUAAACCCAACCUGCAGGACAAGAAAUCUCCCACACCAGUCCCCUUGCCUCCCCCUCGGAGAGAGAGCUAUCACAUGACCCCUAACCCUCCAUCUUACAGUUCGCUCGCAAUGCUGUCAAACGCCACAUUCUCUCCCUCACAGAGUCAUGAUGCCAUUUCCACAGGCUCUUACUCCAUUCAGUCUAGUGCCACCUCCUCAUACUCAUACUCCAAGACCACCCGAACCUCCACUAACACCUCUGGAGCCCCUCUCGAGGAGUCCCCCUCCUCCCAGCAAGCUAAUGCUAACAGUUUUAUCUCUCGGGUCCUUGGAAGCAAAUUGUCUUCCUCUAAAUUUGCAACUGACCAACUAAAUGCAGCACCUGUGACAAAUAUGAUUACAACUGACCCUAAGACUAAAACUAAGCCAAAAGGAGCAUUCACACCCUCACCGCUAGACCCCGCUAGCACUUCUGAUUCACACAUAGCCUCUCUCUCCAUCCAGUUAGCUCCUCGCAGCCCCGAGCCCCGAGCAGAGAGCCGGUCUGAACCCAGGACAAAUGCGGUGGACAUCACUGACUCUACACGACCCCCUGUCAUACCACCAAGACCAGCAGGCAGUUUGGUGGGUCAAAUGACAGUGAAUGGAAGCUCUCAGUCUCAGAGGCCCUUCUCUCCACCUGCACACCCUCCUCCUUCACCACCACCAAUCCUCAGCCCAGGCCUGGUACAGAUCCAGCAUGGGCAUAGUUCUGAGGGUUCACAGACACUGAGGAGAGAGACUGUUGUCUCUGGUCAGACAGUGGUCAGUAGCUCCGUGCCCAUCGCUCGCUUCUCAGAGGAAGAGAAGAAGGUCUCUGUCAUAAAAGCUCCCCAUUACGAAGGCAUUGGACCAGUGGAUGAGUCUGGCAUUCCCAUCGCCAUCCGUACGACUGUGGACAGGCCCAAGGACUGGUACAAGACCAUGUUCAAACAGAUCCACAUGGUUCAUAAGCCAGAUGAUGACUAUGCAGACACAUAUAAUGCAACAUACGCAGUUAUAAACAACGACAACUAUCCUCCAGUUCAUGCUCACCCACCUCCUCGAACGCACACGUACCGGCCGCUCUCUAGAAAUACCUCAGACAUUCCAGACAGUGCUGCCCAGCGAGAGCUCUCGCCAUCACCCGUGCCCCCGCCGCCUCCUCCAAUGCCUUCUCUCCUCCAGCUCCGCUCGCGGGACAUGGACAGAGAAAAAGAGUUCUCCCAUGACCCAAACGAAUGGGGUCCUCCAGAACGUAAAGUGGACACGCGUAAAUAUCGGGCAGAACCACGGAGCAUCUUUGAGUAUGAGCCUGGAAAAUCCUCCAUCCUCGAACAAGAAAGGCCUACAUUUGAUUUAAACCCAGAUGACAUAGAUUUAGAGAACGAGCCUUGGUUUAAAUUCUUUUCCGAGUUGGAGUUUGGACGGCCGCCUCCUAAAAAGAGGUUGGAUUAUAAUCCUGACUACUCCACACAUACUGUGGCACAGUCAUCUCUCUAUAUCUCGCCUUCUGAACGACCUGAUGGGCCUUCAAGCUCUGCAAGUGACUACAGAAAAAGGCGAAAGUCUGAGCCAUCUGUCACUCAAGCCAACACAGGAAGUGAACAGAAUGCCAGUCAAGUAUUUUCUCGCACACUGGACUCCAGUAAAGCACAGACGCUGAAGAAGCCCACCAUACGCUCUUCCCCCUCUUCACCAUCAAGAGCCAAAGCUGGAGACUUUAGUGAGUCACUCUCCUCCUGUAUGAGCUCCCCAGGUAUGGAGCGCCCUUCCUCUCGUAUCUCCACAGACUCCCUCACCAUCUCCACACCAACUUGGCCUAGCUCCAAGCGCUCCAUCUGCUUCAAGAACGGUUGGCAGACAGGCAGGCAUGAAAAUACAGAGAACUGGAGCAGCGCUGAUGAUGAUUCUGCCAUGACCCCUACGUCACCACGGCUCAAAUCGCGCAGCUGUGAUGAUUUGCUGUCUGAUGGACACGGUGCUACCACCAAUAGUAAUGGGAGAGAGGCCAAUCCUGUUUCUAACACUCGUUCGGAAAGUGCGGGUUCACUUAUUGAUGAAGAAGCUCAAAAACCUCAAGUAAAAAGUCUUACCUCAUCUCCCAGGGGCCGCCGUCAUCACCGGCGUAAGUUGCCACAUGAUGCUCCAGGUUUCCUUCAGCUCUACAAGAAGAUGCACCACAUUGAUCGUGAACAGUUAUUGCCCUCUGAGGUGAUUCGGUCUGUACGUGCACGAAUCCUCGAAUUGGAAAGACUACAGCAGCAACAAAGGCAUAGCAUUCAUGGGUGGGCACCUUUAGGUCAUGAGGUGCCACGGCAAAUGGUUCCAAACCGUAUAUCUGCAUAUGAACAGCUUAUCCAGAAAUCAAAGUCUAUGCCAGAUCUUGGUGAUGAAAAUGCCCCUUCGGGCACCACCACACCCGGCUCCUCAAGGGCCAGCAGCUGCCCCAAGCGACGCUUUUCUGUUGAAUCUCUUUUGGAAGAGGAGGAUCCUCCAGAAAAUGCUAGAAGUCCUCCUGAGGGUCAGCCAAGGUUGGGAGCCGACAGCUUGGUGCCAAUUCAUGGGAAGAACCAAAGGCAACAUCAAGACUACUCGGACAGUGAACAGGACGCAUGUGCCUCUGAAAUAAGCGACAUCCACAUUGAAGGAUCGUCAUUGUGUAGUGAGAGCGACCUGGAUCACUGCUCGCUCACCUCAUCAGAAAGCUUCUAUGGUUCUGGGCAACAUCACCAUCAUGGACACCAUCACCACUAUCACCGCCACCAUCACCAGAGUGUAGGUCAAAGUCAAGGUUACCAACACCGCCACCUUAUCAGCUCCUGCAAGGGCCGCUGUCCGGCAUCCUAUACACGUUUCACUACAAUGCUAAAACAUGAGCGGCAACAAGAAAGGGCUCGACAGGAGUCCCAUCCUGCAAUUAGUUCUCCGCUUGCCCAACAAUCACCCAGUGAGUCAGGCCUUUCCAAACUGGCCUUCCUGGUCAGCCCUGUGCCUUUCCGUCGGAAACGAGGCUCCCCACCAACUCAGCGGCGGCACUGCAGAAGUGGGCGCCCAAAAUCUAAAACUGCAAUUUAUGAGGCUUUAGAUGCCGCUUUACAGGACAUUUAUGACCACAUAAGGGCGGAAAAGGGACAAGAACCAGCAAGGAUGCCAGAUGAUAGCAUAUUGCGCCGGUUGUUGGAAGAGCUGCUGCCUGAUGUGCCCAAGCGUAGCUCCUCGUUGAGGGUUCAGAGAGGGUCCGGCUCCCCCUCCUCGUCCCAUGUCCACCAGCCUUAUCAUGGAGCCCACCAAUGUGCCUCCUACCAGCAGCAACACCACCUUGCAGACACCUCCAACAACAACCAGCAUAGUACUAAUGCUAAUGUGCACUGCUACUCAGAUCAGGGCUCUGAUACAGGACGAAUUACUCCACAAAGCAGAAGACUCACACCAGAAAGAGAGGUCUCUUCUAAGCAGAUGACCUAUCUUAUAUUGUCUUCUCUCCUCCAUCAGAAACAGUCUGCCAGAGCAAUUUAUGAUUUUAAAGCUCAGUCUGCCAAGGAAAUUUCCUUUAAAAAGGGUGAUGCUGUCAACAUCAUCAGACAGAUUGACAGUAACUGGUAUGAAGGUGAACACAGAGGGCGGAUUGGGAUUUUCCCCAUCUCUUAUGUCGAGAAGGUGGCGUCUCCAGAGCGGAGACAGCCUGUCAGGCCUCCUCCUCCAGCUCAGGUUCGAGAGAUGGGAGAGGCCAUCGCGAGAUACAACUUCAAUGCUGACACUAAUGUGGAGCUUUCUCUCAGAAAGGGGGAACGGGUGAUCCUCCUAAGGAAGGUGGAUCAGAAUUGGUAUGAAGGAAAGAUUCCUGGCUCAAAUAAGCAGGGCAUUUUCCCUGUGUCCUAUGUCGAUGUGAUCAAGGGCUCACCUUCUAAGAGCCCCAGUCACCAAGGAGACACGCACACAUAUAGAGCACAGAAGAAAAUGAUGCAGGAUUCUCAGCAUGCAGGUGGUGACCCCUUCCAAGCUGUGUAUAACUAUGUGCCUCGUAAUGAGGAUGAGCUGGAGCUGAAGGAAGGGGAUGUUGUUGAUGUUGUCGAGAGAUGUGACGAUGGCUGGUUUGUUGGUACGUCUCGGAGAACCAGGUUAUUUGGAACGUUCCCAGGAAACUAUGUUAAGCCGCUUUAACAAAGAGGAAAUAAUGGCACAACUAUGGCCACUCCAGUGCCUACUGUGUAGGGCCAACGAGGCGCCUCACCUUUGAGAAAGUGUGUCUUUGCGUGCGAGUGUGUUCACAGACACUACAGUUUUAGCUCUGCCAUUUCUGCACAGACGAACCACGGAAGUUACUUCACUGAGCACUUUUUUUUUUCGUGCCACCACGCAGUCUCCUCGCCGUUCUUUCACCUGCUUUUCUGACGAUAGCACACACAGCAAUGUUUUUCCAAUGUUUUGUUAUUUUCCAGGAAUUAGCACGAUGAGGAUUCAGACACGAUAUUGAGUAAG